CUUAGAGCGGAGAACAUGUGAGAGAGGAAUGGAAAACUGGAAACUGGAUUACACUUUACAGAAAGUCGCAAAAGGGGUUACGUUCAGGAUUUUGACAAGGCGCAGCGGCUCCGUUGAGUAGGACAUCCCCACGGCGGCCAAGGCGCUUUCAGCGGACACAGGGGGAAAGGACUAAUAUACCAAAGAUGAACACAAUUGUGUUUAAUAAGUUAAGCAGCCAGGUUUUAUUCGAGGAGAAGGCAAAUGAAGUGGAAAGAAGCAGUCGAAAUUAUUUAGAGGUGAUAGAUGGACAGCAUCCGGACCUGCUCGCCAGCAGCCCAGUCAUCAAAGACAGCUCCGCUAUCCGGCACAGCAGAUCCGGGUCUCGUCAGAACCCAGGAAAGGUACGGCAUAAACGGCAAGCUCUGCAAGACAUGGCCCGGCCUUUGAAACAGUGGCUCUACAAACACCGGGACAAUCCGUACCCAACUAAAACAGAGAAAAUCCUUCUUGCGCUUGGCUCACAAAUGACACUUGUGCAGGUGUCUAACUGGUUUGCAAAUGCUCGACGGCGGCUGAAGAACACAGUUAGGCAGCCUGAUUUGAGUUGGGCCCUUAGGAUCAAACUCUACAACAAAUACGUCCAGGGCAACGCGGAAAGACUGAGUGUCAGCAGCCAUGACUCCUGCUCUGAUGAUGGUGACCCAGCAGCACGGGCCCAGGUCGGGGAGUUCAGUAAGCCAAUGUACCACAGCGUCAUCAAGAAGGAAGGUGGCGCUGUAGGUGCGGGUCUUCGAGCCGCUGCAGACGCCUCAUUGUCUGAUGACUAUGUGUCACCGCCCAAAUACAAGAGCAGCCUGUUGCACCGUUACCUUAACGACUCACUCCGUCAUGUAAUGGUGGCCAAUGGCGUAAUGGACGCAAGGAGGAGGAACCACUCAGGCUCUUUCAGCUCUAAUGAGUAUGAUGAAGACCUGCUGUCACCGUCUUCUUCUGAAGCAGAAGCCAACUUUAUCUACAGAACUGAGACUGUGGAGCAUGGAUCAAAUAAAUCUGACAGAAGAAGCAUGCAGGAGGAGAAGGGACAGAGGAAAGACGAGACAUACUGGAGGGAGAUCAACGCGGCCAUGGCCCUCACUAACCUGGCUCAGCCCAAGGACACGGCCACCGCCGCCACCACCAGCUGCAUCAUCCAGAAAUCCUCACACAUAGCUGAAAUCAAGACUGUUAAAGUGCCUAUCCUGCACAAAUAUUAAUGCACACAAACAUACGCAGAAGAUCCCGCUCUUCUACUUUUGGAAUUCAGUUGUUUUGAAUAUUGUUUAUUACUUUGUGGUACUGGUAAAGAAUGCAGUUUUUGGUUCGUUUGUUUUUAUUGUUAUUAUGAGUACGAUGAAGUGCCCUGAAAUGCAGCAUUUGUUUAGUUCACCGAUUUGUGCAUUUCCUUUGGGUCGCACAAGCUUUUUUGAUAAGUGUUGAUGAAUUGUCAGUAACGACAGUAUUUCUGAACGAGACACUUUUGCAAUGUUAACUUAUUUUGAUAUAAAUCAGAAAUUUGUAUUGUAUCGCACCAAAGUGCCUUCAUGCAUCUCAAAGGAGAGAUUAGUGAGAAUGUACAGUUCAUGUCCUCUCUGAACGAAAUAAAACGCUUGAAACGACAGGAGUGUGUAGCCUACAGGAGCUGAUGACCUUAAAAUUAAAUCAGCACAAGUCACAAAGACAUGCUCAUGAACCUAAGGCCAUUUCUGCAUGUUUUGUCUUAAAAUCUCAAUCUGGCUGUGACUACGACAUUAUUUUGUCUCUAAAAUGGAAAACUUCAACUGUCACCUGCCAACAAUAGUCCUGAGCUGAGAGAUAAGUUCAGUCAGCCUACACACUACAACUCCAGCCCUUCCUUCCCAGCUAACAAGCAAAGUUC